UGCGGGCGACGGCGCGGGUCGUGCGCGCGUCGCCGCCAUGGCUCAGCCGGGAGCGCUGAACCUCAACAACGAGGUUGUGAAGAUGAGAAAAGAAGUGAAGCGAAUUCGAGUUCUGGUUAUCCGAAAACUUGUCAGGAGUGUUGGAAGACUGAAGUCAAAAAAGGGUUCUGAAGAUGCACUGGUCAAAAAUCAAAAGCGAGCUCAACGAUUACUUGAGGAAAUUCAUGCCAUGAAGGAAUUGAAACCUGAUGUCGUAACUAAAUCUGCUCUUGGUGAUGAUAUCAACUUUGAAAAAACGUGUAAGAAGCCAGAUUCUACUGCAACUGAACGGGCAAUUGCCAGAUUAGCAGAGCACCCUGUGCUCAGGAAGAAGAUGGAUGAGCUGAAAGCUGCUGUCCAGGCUUUUAAAGAUGCAAGACAAAAUGCUCCUGAGGUUGAGUUACCAAAGUGUACUUCAGAAGAAAAGCAUUGUAAGGACACGUGGCGUUCAAAUGAUGCAAGUACGUUACAGCAGCAUGCAAGAACUGUUGACAGUGAGCAAAAAGGAAAAAAGGACAAAUUACUGGCAAAGAAACCAAUAAGUGACUCAAAAUCAAAAAUAGCCAAAAUGGAAGUUGGAUUCCAAGCAGCAGACAUUCCAGAUUCUUCAACAAAGCCUUCAGGAAGGGGCACCACAGUUCCCGCUGAGCUCCGGAAGACGCCCGCUGGCUCAGAAGUGAAGACUUUGAGUGAGCCCACCGUGAGCGGGGCUGACGGCGAAAGCGAAGAAGAGCCGAGUGAAGAGGAGCAGGAGGAUUUUGAUGACAGCACAGAGGAGCGGUUCUACAAGCAGUCUUCUGCUUCUGAGGAGAGUGAUAGCGGCGACGACUUCUUCAUUGGGAAGGUCAGACGGACACGAAAGAAGGAACGAAACCCCCCUCAAAAAGUGACACCCAGAGAACAUGCACGUGAAGCACAUUGCGAUAUAAAAAAUGAUAAAAAUAAGCCAACUACAGAUGCCAAGAAGUUCGAGUCAGUGUUUUUCCAGUCUUUAUCUGGAUCUAAAGGCUUUAGGAGGGAUCAGAGAGAGCAAGCUCCAAAGAGGAAGACCCCAGAUGUUCUGGAAAGUGAAGCUCUGCUCAAGCCUCCUGUUAAAAAGAGUGCACAAGGAGGGCCUGGCGGCGGGAGGCAGCAGUCCCACUUGCCCCUUCACCCCUCCUGGGAAGCAAGUAGGAGGCGGAAGGAGCAGCAGUCUAAGAUCACCGUGUUUCAAGGGACAAAGAUCACGUUUGAUGACUGACUGGUGCUUCUUGCUUACUAGCCUGCUUAACCUUGUAUCCAAUGAGUGUCUUUGGAGGGCUUAUAGAAAGUUCUUGCUGCUUUCUUUUUUUGUUGUUGUUUGGUUUUGGGGGGAUAGAGUCUUUUUUUAUUAUUGACAACUUCUAUAAUUGUAAACUUUACUCUCCAUCAUAUCCCCUCCCCCCUCAG